UUCCGCAACUAUAACUGAUAUGUCUCUAUAUGAAGUAUUAAAUUUGUUUCCCCGCUGACCACUCGUAUUUCGGUCUUUUCUUCAUUCCCCACUCGUCGCCCGUGAUGUGUAACUCCCAAAUAUGGUGGUCAGUACAGCACUUUCUUCCUGCGUAGAGCACAGUUUGCAUUUCUUCAGGAAUGUAUUUAGGGCUAUACCCAUCAGACACUGUUCUUACAUUUCAGCAUUUGAAGGGGAAGUCAAGUCAAGUGGUGAUUUACACCUAACGAAUGGCCGCGUACAAAUACUUCAUCUAAACUCUUCAGGUUUAGAUGAGAGGUCAUAUACUGGGAUGGCCUCGAGAACAUUCCUUACUGCCUAUAAAUCAAAGCAUGCUGAUCAUAUUGUUCAAGAUAUAAACCUGUGGGAUAAGGAACUUUUACAAUACGAUUUAUCACACGUGGCCAGCAAAAUGCGAAUGGUGAGUGGUCAAGAUGAACCAUCAGACAAAGUGAAUUUUGAACCAGUGGAAAGGAUGAUAAAAACUUUAUUUUCGGCAGAUAAGCUGGUUGUGUCGUGUCCAAUGUGGAAUUACAGCAUCCCAUAUGUUUUGAAACAGUACAUAGAUUGCGUUGUUCAACCUGGAUUGACCUUCAGGGAAACAUCAACUGGUCCACAAGGACUGUUAACGAACAGACCGUUAUUACUUAUAACCUCGUCCGGGGGGGACUAUUCUACAGGCCAGAUGAAAAUGCUUGACUAUCAGGUCCCUUACUUAAAGGAUAUAUUUGGCUUGAUUGGAUUUACUGAUGUUAGACAUAUUUAUAUAAAGAACACAGCACAUGAGAAGCGAGAUAAACUGUUGACUUUCAUUGAAUCAAGCUGCCUGGAAGCAGCUGCAAAAUUUUGACUGUACCUUCUUCUCAGAAGAUAUUACUUGAACGCAUGCAAACGUUGCUAUUUUACAAUGUUGCAAUGCAUUCCAUUUAUUAACACUUAAAUGUUUGGGAUUUUCUAGGGCAAAGGUAAUCCACUUUGUUGUAAAUUAUGAUUAUUUUCAUGAUUUCACAAAACUUAAAUCAUUUUGGUGUUUAUUUCUCCUGGAAAUUUGAAACAAACUGAAAUAUUUGGUUCACUUUUGUUGUCUCAUUAGAAUUAAGUUCAAUCUUACAGUAAACAUUUCUUUAUAGUCCAUAAGUACAAAGUCAUUUGCAAUUUAAUAAAAUUUUAAGUAGUGCAAUCGACA